CUGUCUUCUCUUUCCGUGGUAAAGUCAUGGGGAAAGGCUUCUUCAUCAGCAAAGCAGUGGCGGUGACCUGCGCGGUCGCGGCCGUCGGCGCUGUGGCCACCAUCAUUGCCCUGUCUGUGGUUUACGCUCAAGAGAAGUCAAAGAAUGAAGAGGCGCCUUCAUCCACCACCAGUCCUAGUACCGGCCCUAGCACCGGCCCUAGCACCGGCCCUAGCACCGGCCCCACCACCGGCCCCACCACCAAUUCCACCACGCCCUCCACCCCGAAGGAGCCCUGGCAACGCUACAGACUCCCAGACUCCCUCGCUCCCGUCUCCUACAACGUGACCCUGUGGCCCCGGCUGGAGCCCAACAAAGCCGGCCUGUACAUCUUCAGCGGACACUCGGCGGUGGUGUUCCGAUGUGUGAAGGAGACCGACCUCAUCCUCAUCCACUCCAACAUGCUGAACCUCACCAACUUCGAGGGGCACCAUGCCAAGCUGACCGGCCUCGGCGGAACAACUGCGCCCGGCCUGAAGGAAACCUGGCUGGAGGUUCCCACGGAGUACCUGGUGGUCCGGCUCAACAGUCCGCUGCAGGCCGGCGGGAUGUACGAGCUGUACACCGACUUCAUCGGAGAGCUGGCCGACGACCUGGGAGGAUUCUACAGGAGUGAAUACACGGAGGAUGGGGUGAAAAAAAUUGUGGCCACGACUCAAAUGCAGCCGACGGAUGCCAGGAAAGCCUUCCCCUGCUUUGAUGAGCCCGCUAUGAAAGCAGUCUUCCACAUCACCCUCAUUCACCCUCAGGAGACCGUGGCUCUGUCCAACUCCAUGAACUACGAACCUAAUAACAUCACUAUGGAAGGACUCAAUUUGAUCCAGACAAGCUUCAUGCCCACAGAGAUUAUGUCAACCUACUUGCUGGCUUUCGUUGUGUCUGAGUUCAAGUCCAUCUCGCCUAAAGCAAAGGCAGACGUUUUGGUCAGGAUCUGGGCUCGAAGGAAGGCUAUCGACGAGGGCCAGGGGGACUAUGCCCUGGAGAAGACUGGGCCCAUAUUGUCAUUCUUUGAGAAAUACUACAACUCUUCCUACCCCCUGAGCAAGUCAGACCAGAUUGCCCUUCCGGACUUCAGCGCUGGAGCCAUGGAGAACUGGGGCCUGAUCACCUACAGAGAAACCGCCCUCUUAUAUGACCCCAACGUGUCCUCUAAUGGAGACAAGGAGUGGGUGGCAACAGUCAUCUCCCACGAACUCGCUCACAUGUGGUUUGGGAACUUGGUGACCACGCGGUGGUGGAAUGACCUGUGGCUCAAUGAGGGGUUUGCCACCUACGUCUCUUACCUUGGAGCAAACUUUGCUGAGCCAACGUGGAAUAUGAAAGAUUUAAUAGUUCUGAAUCAGAUCGUUGGUGUGAUGUCGGUGGAUGCCUUGGCCUCCUCCCACCCACUCUCAUCCAAAGAGGAGGACGUCCUCACGCCAGACCAGAUCAGCGAACUGUUUGACUCCAUCACAUACAGCAAGGGAGCUGCGGUCCUCAGGAUGCUCUCAGAGUUUAUCACUGAAGAUGUCUUUUCCAAAGGACUCAGUACAUACUUGGAUGCAUUCAAGUAUAAUAACACAGUCUACACAGACCUUUGGAAGCACCUGCAAAUGGCAGUGGAUAGCAGUAACAUUACGCUGCCCCACUCCGUCGAGGUUAUCAUGAACCGGUGGAUCCUACAGAUGGGCUUCCCAGUGGUCACCAUCAACACCAACACUGGAAUAAUUACCCAGAAACACUUCUUGUUGGACCCAGACUCAGUGGUUGACCGUCCCUCAGAGUUCAAGUAUGAGUGGUUUGUCCCUCUCACGUGGAUUAAGACUGGAGGAGCCGAGCAGCAGUACUGGCUGCUUAACAAAGAGGCUACAAACACAAACGUGACUCUUGCUGGUACUGAUGAUUGGCUGGUGGCCAACAUAAAAAUGAAGGGCUUCUACCGAGUCAACUACGACUCCGACAACUGGGAGCGUCUCCUCACGAAGCUGAGCACCGAUCACCGGGCCAUUCCAGAGAUCAACCGAGCUCAACUCAUCGAUGAUGCUUUUAACCUCGCAAGGGCCAGGAUCGUGAGCACAACUCUGGCUCUCAGGACGACCAAGUACCUCAACAAAGAGGUUGCCUACAUGCCCUGGGAGACAGCCGAGCGCAGCUUGAGCUACUUCUUCCUAAUGUUCGACCGCAGCGAAGUGUAUGGACCCAUGCAGGCUUACCUGAAGAAACAGGUCACUCCUCUGUUUAACCACUUCAAAGAAAUCACUCUCAACUGGACAAAGAUCCCAGAAAGCCACACUGACCAGUACAACCAGGUCAAUGCGAUCUCCAUGGCCUGCCGCACGGGAGUGGAAGGCUGUACGGAGCUGACCACAGGCUGGUUCAGAGAGUGGAUGAACAAUCCCACUAACAACAAGAUUAGUCCCAACCUGAAGUACACAGUGUACUGCAGUGCGAUCGCAGCGGGAGGGGUGGAGGAGUGGGACUUUGCUUGGUCCAUGUUCAGGAACACCACCAUCGCUACGGAGGCGGAUAAACUCAUGUCCGCUCUGUCCUGCACCAAGCAGCCCUGGCUGCUGAACAGGUAUCUGGAGUAUUGUCUGGACCCACAGAAGAUACGUAAGCAGGACGCCACCUCCACCAUCGUUUCCAUUGCUAGCAACGUCUUAGGUCAACCUCUGGCAUGGGAUUUUGUCAGAGCCAAAUGGGACCACAUUUUCAAUGACUAUGGUGGUGGAUCGUUUUCGUUUGGAGGACUCAUCAGCGGACUGACCAGAAGAUUCUCCACUGAGUUUGAGUAUCAGCAGUUGCUGCAGUUCAAAAAAGACAACGCCGGGCAGCUUGGCUCGGCCACCACGGCUCUGGAGCAGGCGCUGGAGAGCACCAAGGCCAACAUGAACUGGGUGACCAGGAAUAAGAAGCCGGUGCUUGACUGGUUCCAAAACGAGACCAAGCCCCCAGUUUAACACAAGUGCAGAUGGUCUUACUCACUUCUACAUCGGCUGGAACCAAAUGUGUUUUUCUAAAUAUCCUGUAUGUUAUCCAUUUAAAAAAAUAAUAAUCAUGCAAUGUUUUUAUUAUGCAUUUUUGAGGAUAUUCGACACUAAAUGAAAACAUGUUUUAAUACUGUACAUAAUUUAAACAUUAAAAAUGUUCUGAAAAGAUGAACCGAUUCAAGAUUGUGCUAUUCUCUGCA